AUUUGUUCUGCAUAUUUAUUUAUUUAUUUUUUUUUGCUUAUUUAUUUUAAUUUUGAUACCAGGACCUUUUUUUUUAUAAUAUUUCCUAAACUGUACUGGUUACAUUUAAAAACUAACUAGGUCAAAAACCUUACAUUGUAUUGGUUGGUUAGGUAUAAUAAACACGUUUUCAUAACCUAAAAUAUUUUGGAAGUGAUAUAAAAAAAGAAGCAUUAAUCUUCUGAAAAUAAAAUAAUAAGAAUAUUAUCAAAUUAUUCAAUACGUAUAUUUGUAAUUAUACAUAUACGUAACUCUUCUAAUAAUAAAUAUAAUACUAUAAAUAUAAAAGAGAUAUUUAUAAAGAGAUUAUUUUGUAUAAUUAUAAUACAAGAAAUAUGUGCGAAGAGGAAUGGAAGCAGAGCUUAAAAGAACGAGCAGAAAGAACGCUUCUUGUUCGUUAUACACGUAAAAUAAAAGACAUUGAGGAAGUAACAGAUUUAUUUAGAGGUGAUUUUAUUAUUAAAUUACCACGACAAUCUAGUAAAAGUUUCCAUGUAGAAUUUACUACCGUUAAAGAAGCAUUAGAAAAUAAAAGAAAUCUUAAAGGUAAAAUUGCACAUGGGAAAACUAUAGUUGUUCGAAGAGCUUUGUUGAAUACACUACAAGGUAAAGAAGUUAAAAAGAAAGGGAAAAAAGUUAAAAUACCUUCUGUGGAGCCAGAUGAAAAAUUGUCACGAACAUUAUAUGUUACAAAUCUAAAAUCUUCUGUAAAGAUUGAGGAGAUAAAAGAUGUUUUACCAGGAUGUGUAUCUGUUACUUUGUUAAAACCAUAUAAAAAUAAUUUAAGGAGUGCGAUAGUCAAGAUGCAAAGUAUACAACUUACAGCGGAAUAUUUACUUAAAAAACGUGAAUGGCCAUGUUUACAUGGAAACAGAUUAAUACUGAAGGCACAUAAUCGAAUAAACCAUAAGAUAAAAUCAUCUUUUGGAAAUGAUACAAAUAAUUUAACAAAUAAAACUUCUUCAUUGGAGACAGAAGGCAGUGCUGCUUAGUCAUAUUAAAAAGUAAUGAUAUUAAUAAUUAUAUCAAUUGUGUAUAAUAUUUUUAUUGUUUGUCAGCACUUUUUUUAUUUUAUAAAAAGUAUUAUAAAUAGUCAUAAAUGAUAAUAUAAUACUGUGCUUCAUAUA